UCUCCACCGAGCGCCAUACUAGAAAACUCUCCCCUUCUGUUAUUGUGCGCGAAAUAUCGAGGAUCCUGUUUGACGUUAUACCGUAUGUUUGAUCCUUGCUAUUGAUGCAGACAUCACUCAUCUCGAACGCUUAGAGUUGGCGUGUUGCAGGCCGGUUGGACUCUCGACUCUGGUGAAAAACCAAGAGGAAGAUCAGAAAGAAGAGAAGAAAACAGAACGGUACUAGUCAAAGAAUAAGUGUACGAGCUGAGUAAGUGUAGCACUUUGACGUACCAAACGUCAGAGUUCUGAGAAACAAGCCAAUUGUUACCCCACCGAUAGGUAACGAAAUUCGCUUCCAGACGACCGAGACGACAAGUUCGGCUCAAGCCAGGAGUUCGGUUCGCUAGAGGCAGUACGGGGGAGACUCGAGCCGCAAGAUCUUCAUAUCCAAAUAAUAGACUGGGGGGUACUGUAGAUUAGAAAUCAUGCGUCGGUUUAUGAGGGCAGGUGUGCAGAAGAUAAUAGGCCCAGAUCAUCAGGAUAGCACAAGGAACAUCAAUAACCAGGGUGUAGCACUGCACCAGCAGGGGAAGUACGAUGAAGCCGAGAUAUUGCAUCGAAGUGCAUUAGGCGACCGAGAGAAGGCGCUUGGGCUAGAUCAUCGAGAUACGCUAAAUAGUGUGAAUAAUCUAGGUGCGACGUUGCAUUGUCAAGGAAAGCACGACGAAGCGGAGAUUAUGCAUCGGCGUGCAUUAAGGGGAAGGGAGAAAACGCCUUCGACUAGGCGUGACGCUACUUGCAGGAACACAUUAGGCGAGACGCUUCUUGAUCUGAAAAGGUAUAGUGAAGGGGAAGCUAUUUGUCGGCGUGCGCUGGCGGGUAGAGAGAAGACGCUUGGACCAGAUCAUCGCGACACCCUACUUAGUGUCAAUAAUCUUGGUCUGGCACUGCGCAAUUAG